AUGGGGCUCAGAGAGGUGACAUUUGAGGAUGAGCGACCUCUGCAGGAAAUUGCCGAUACUCUGGUAAGGUCGCAUAAAAUUCUGCUCAUUACUGGCGCAGGAAUCAGCACAAGUUGCGGUAUACCAGAUUUCCGGUCAAAGGACGGCCUCUAUAAUAUCAUCCCAGAGCAAGCUACGCUCCCAACACCACCACCAUCAGAACCCUCCACACCAUCACUGAAACGCACAAUGUCUUUUGCCAAUGAAGAAUUGCCGUCACCGCAAUCCUCCACAUCCUUCAUUUCGAGCCGAACGUCAUCCACGAGCAUGCCGUCGAAGCUCCGGGGACAGGACUUGUUUGAUUCGCGUGUGUUUCACAAUCCAUCCUCCACGACAAUAUUCUAUCAAUUCAUUGCCCAUCUGCGGGAAAAAAUCCGCGGGGAAGUUCGAUCCACGAGUUCAGUCCAUAAAUUUGUCCGCGUCCUCCGCGACGGCGGUCGAUUAAUGCGAUGCUAUACCCAGAAUAUAGACGGACUCGAGUCAAGAGAAGGGCUUGUCACCGAUUUAGCAUGUGGCAAGGGUAACAAACGACGCUUCAUGAAGAAGAAUUACGAAGCUCCACGACCUGCACAUACUUCCGGGACGGACUUCGAUAGUGGGUGUGAAGUGGUCCAACUUCAUGGUGAUUUGGAGAAACUACGCUGUACCAUGUGUUCGACACCAUUCGCAUGGACCGACGCCGAGACCGAGAUCUAUUUAGAAGGCGCCGCACCCAAGUGCCCCCAGUGCCAAACGAAAAGCGAGGACAGGCAGGCAACUGGAAAGCGAGGUCUGACGGUAGGAUCCCUGCGGCCGAAUAUAGUGUUGUAUGGGGAAGACCACCCGUCAAAUACUCUGUUGACGCCUCUGAUUCCCUUUGAUGCCGGCUGCCAACCUGAAGUCAUGAUAAUCAUGGGAACUUCUUUGAAAGUAUUCGGGCUGCAGAAGAUUGUUCGAGAAUUCGCCAAAGCAGUACAUGCGCACAAGAAUGGCAAAGGACGUGUUAUCUUUGUCAACCGGACUCGACCUGCAGAGAGUGUCUGGGAGGGCAUCAUCGAUGACUUUGUGGCCAUGGAUUGUGACGACUGGGUGGAAGACUUGAAGCAUCGUCGACCAGAUCUCUGGCUUCGCCAAGGUGACAUCGGGCUAGCCGUCAGCAAAUCCACGUCGGGCAAAAAAAAGAGGAAAUCGAUCGGAGGAGAAGCGAGAAUCGAGAACCGGCCGAUUAAGAAGGCAAAAGUGGUAGUGGAGAUUCCCGGCGCUUCUGCGGUGACCGACCAGGGAGCUCCGAGCACCCCUUCAACGAAGCCACUCAAACCGCCUCCCAAUUGCCCUGGUAGAGCCAUUCUCUCACCGUUGGCUCAAGCGAGACGACCAUCGAUUUCCCCGUUGUCGAGCCCGGUCCGCCCGGACGACACGGAUCCUGCCGCAAACCCAGCCAGACGUAGCACGCCCAAGCGGCCUGCUUUCUCCCCCUUGACACCGGCGAGCAAGCUCAAGAUGGGAGUCCUUCGAGACAAGACCGCUGAGCAAGAGUUGUUCGGUAGCAAGCCUGUUCGGGACAAUCCAGAAGUACAGGAGUCAUCAGACGAAAAUGCAGCUGCGGAAUCUAUGCUCAAGGAUGGGAGUAGAAGCACCAACCAACGCCGAGAAUCCAGUUUCAUAGCACAGAUAUGGCAACGAGUGCGAGACGGGCACAUCUUGUCCUGUUCUCGACCACUAGAUGUGUCUGAAGGAUCAACGGAAAACGGUGUGAUGGAAGUCGAUACCCCAUCGAGAGGGCCACGAGGGAGGAAGAUUGAUGUUUUUACAGGUAGAGGAUGGAACCAAGAGAAAGUCUGGCUGUAG